AUGGCAGAAAUAUUGGAAAGCAAGCUUUAUGAAGCAGCAGCAGCAGGGAACGUAACUAUUUUCUUAGAAUUAAUUCGACAGGAUCACUUGCUUCUUGAUAGAGUGCUGGUUAAUUAUGCCAUUGAGACUCCUUUACAUGUUGCAGCAAUACUUGGACAUACAGAUUUUGUGAAGGAGAUUAUACAAAGGAAGCCAGAGUUCACUAGAGAACUAGAUUCAAGGGGUUCAUCACCUCUCCACUUGGCAUCAGCCAAAGGGUAUGUUGACAUAGUUAAAGCAUUGCUAUUUGUAAACCCUGACAUGUGCCUGGCUGUGGAUAUAGAAGAAAGAAACCCUCUUCAUCUUGCAGCCAUGAAAGGCCAGGUUCAUGUUUUGAAUGAGCUAGUCCGUCUUAGACCGCAAGCGGCUCGAGUCACAGUGUCAUGGGGAGAGACCAUAUUGCAUUUGUGUGUCAAGUAUGGACAAUUAGAGUCUUUCAAGGCAUUGGUUGAAGUCAUGAACAACCAAGAAUUUGUGAAUGCUAAAGAUGAUUAUGGCAUGACAGUUCUGCACCUAGCUGUUGCUUACAAGCAAAUUGAGACAAUAAAAUUUUUGCUUACCAGUACCAGCGUUGAAGUAAAUGGUCUAAAUGCAAAUGGUUUAACUGCAAUGGACGUUCUUGCACAAAGUAGGAGAGGAUUGAAAGACUUUGACAUUGCCGAGUCCCUUCGAGAUGCCGGAGCUAUAAGAGCCGCAGAAAUUUUGCAUUGGAAGACUGAAACAACACCUCUAAUUGCUCAAAAUGUUGCAACCAACCAACCAGACACACAACAUCAGUGGGUGCAAAAGACUUACAAGAAGGAAGAUUGGCUAACAAGAAAACGAGAUUCAUUGAUGGUGGUGGCAUCACUUAUGGCAACAAUGUCUUUCCAAGCUGGACUAACCCCUCCUGGUGGUUUAUGGCAAGAUGAUUUCACAGGAACAGCCACCGAGAGAUCUCACGAAACAGGACAUUCAAUAAUAGCAGAUACGAACCAAAGCUAUUAUACUCAGUACCUUGCUGCCAACACAAUAAGUUUCAUGGCAUCGAUGAGCAUCAUCUUGCUGCUGGUUACAGGAUUGCCUUUCCAGCGAAGAUUUUUUAUGUGGAUUUUGACUGUGAUUGUGUGGAUUGCUAUCACAUCCAUGGCCAUUACAUACAGAAUUUCACUUCUUUUCAUUACACCAAAAUCACAGGAACUAGACGUCACUCAAGUGCUCGAUUAUGCUCUCAGGGCAUGGCUUGCGGUGAUGUCUUUUCUUCUUUUGGCUCAUACCAUACGCCUCACUCUAAAUAUUUUCAAGAAAGUAGAAUAUGUACUAGGGAAAAAGGAAAGGCCGCCGCCGCCAUUACCGUACCCAAAUAACAUCGACUUCUAAGCAAUCAGCUCUACUUUAUCAUCGCAUAAUCAUCAUAGCUAAUAUGUAUAUAUAUGAUUCUGUAACCAUAUGUCAAAGGUUCACUAUAUGAAUGAAAACCCAUUUCUGUAAAAAGUUUGGAAUAAUGGAAUUUGAAUGCAAAAGUUGGAAGCUUCUUCCUAAUUCAUCUAUA